GAUUAAACGCGGAUCGAGGACGCAACACUUUUCCGACGGCUAUAAUGGAAAUGAGAACUAAAUUGCGACUCUUCGUGGCUGUCGUGGCCAUUGGAAUUUGCAGCUUAGGUGAGGGUGUGGGGGCAGCGCCCGGCUGCGAGUGGAAACAUCAGAAGAAGAUCCACAGCGAGAUGGUGUUCGUGGAGCCCGAAGAGGGAGAGCGGGUGGUUGAGCACGAAUUGGUGUUCAAUCAAACGGGGGAGAAGGCGAAGAUCAUCAGGAGCUGGGCGCUCACCGGAUACGAUCAGGGCCUAGGCUAUGUUCGGCUCGUCAGUGGCGGAGAGGACCACACAAAUAUGACCCUGCACUUCCAGUCGCAUCCUGGCGACGGCAUCUCCUAUCAAGUCAAAAUCUAUGCUUGUAAAUAUGGUGCUCGGUGAAAUUGGGGUCUUUCCACAGU